CUAAAUGAUUAUAAUCAUGAUUAUGUGUUGUGUGUAAGUUGUGUAACUUGUGUGUGUUGUUUUUCUUUUAGUUUUACUUUCCAGUUCAAAGCACUAAUAGAGUAGAUCUAGUCCAGAACUCUAGAUCUAGAUCAGAAGUAAUAGCAGCAGUUGAGAUCACAAUGAAUGCUCUAGAUGAUGGCAUUCCAGCUCCAAGAUGUUUUACCUAUUCACAAAGACUAUCCAAUGAGUUGAAUGUGUUGAACAUAGAUCAUUGCUAUGCCAAGCCUUGGAGUUCACACCCUGAAGCAAGCAAUGCAAGACCUUUGCAUAUGCUUUUCAUGGACAAAUUCCCUCGUCCAACUAUUCCUGAGAAACAUAGGGCAACUGAUGUAGUUAAUGUAGAAGAUGUAGUUGACGAGCCUUGUCACAUAAUUGAAAGUUCCAAGACGUCAAUGUCUGACUGUGAGAAGCUGACAUCUUUAUUAUCUUUAGAUGGCACAGACAACAAAGAGGAUUGGGAAGAACACAUUGCAUCAAUUAGAAGUUCAUGGACAGUUUUACAGAAUAGAAACUUUGCUAAAGUAAUGAGGAUUCUUCAGGCAGAUAGACUCGCCAGAUUGUCUGUUAUAGGGAUUAAAAAUGAACCAAUUCAAAGAAAACUGCAAAUUGAUAAAGCUGCUAAAAGAGUGAGAUCUGCCUUUGCCAAUAUUGGAUGGGACAUGACUAUCAUACUCUGGCUACACAAUCUAUUUUUAGAAAAUCUUCGAGGCCAGUUACUUACGUCUUACCUAGAAGUACUACAAACACUCAAAGUAAAGGUACCAUCUCUUGUGGAGCGUUUAAUACAAGGAACCAAUCCAAACUUAGCUUCUUUAAGUCCUGAAACACUAAGUGGAGUUCUUAAGAAACAAUGGGAUCCUGUGUUGUCAAGUAUCAAUCAACAAAAACUUAAAAAGCUUCCAGAGAAUCCAUUACUUUUAGUCAUUCCGAAUGCUGUGUCUUCCUCUCCAAAUCUACUGGCUAUAAAAAGGCAAAAGUUUUGGCACAGUCAGCUGAGUGCUACAAGUAAAGUCCUGACUUUAACCCCACCUUCCACUGGGCAGAGUCUCCCCUUAGUGACUUGUCUGGAGAACGUGAUUGCUAAUGUCAGAGCUAAGAUAUUAGAACUGAAAAAUCAGUUUCCUGGACGGCCACUAAUUCUGAUUGGAUGGAAUAUAGGCGCUCUUGUGGCUGUUAAUAUAGCCUCAAUGGAAGUUGUACAGGGUGUAGUAUGUUUAGGCUUUCCAACUAUGGGAAUCAACGGCAUUCGAGGGGAGGUUGAUGACUCCAUCUUUAACUGCAGAGCACCAACUUUAUUUGUUGUUGGUCAGAAUGCAAGCUCGUGCUCCGUGGAUGUCUUGGAAGAUAUCAGAGAAAGGAUGAGAGUGGAGACCCAGCUUGUCCUUGUUGGUGGUGCUGAUGAUCAUCUCCGAAUGUCCAGAGCUAAAAAGCAGAGUUGUAGUGUGACUCAGACAAUGGUGGAUAGAUGUAUUAUGGAUGAGGUAUACCAGUUUCUGUGCCAUAUUUUAUCCCAGUCCAACUCUCAGUCUGAAGUGAUGGAUCAGACAGAAGUGAAUAAAAAGCAAAGAAAGAGAAAACAGAAAGAGAACACAGCAAGUUCUCAGACGUCUGGAUUGGAUUCUAAACAGAUUGGUGUCAAACCUGUUAAAGCCUUAAAACUGGCCAAAGCAGUUGGAUACUCUAGCCAGUUGGUUCUUACAGGGAAAGUUGCUAAAAGAGCUUCACCCAAGAAAAAAGUACUUCCUGUUAGUCAAGAAUGUAGCACCAAACAUGUAGUGACUCCUGCUCCAUCUAGCGAAAAUGUUCAAAGUUUGUCCAAAGUUAGUGAAGCAGAAGCAAUAGCCUCUGCUCCAGAGUUAUCCAACUUGCUUCAAAAUAUCAAAAAGUUUGAUCCCCAAAAGGCAGGAAGUAAUUCUUCUUCAUUUGCUCCAAAACCUGCAGCUCUUCAAGUACCUGCGACAAUUCCUUCUACAACUGCUUUAACAUUAUCCAAAUUUCUUCAGUCUUCAGGAUUGCUUCGGGCUGGUACUGUGGUGAAAUCCUCCACUGCACAAUCAAAGGAGAUUGAGAAAAGUUCAGUUCUGAGUGCAGACACAGACAAGCAAGCUGAAGUGCAGGUGAAACAGCCUCAGAUACUGUUACGAGCUGGAACCUCAUCUUCACCUUUUUCUAUACCUUUAACAUUAAACAUGGCCAGCAAAGUUUUGAAAGCAACACCAAUGAUGAAAAUAACAGGAAGUAAUUCCAACUCUGCCCAGAUUCAGCAGCUUUUAUCAACAUUCACCAGUUCAGGUUCAUCCAUUCUGGUUAGUGCUAGUUCUACAACACACCAUAAUUCUGUUCUCAACACCUUCUUGUCAUCUGGCUCUAGCACUUCUGUGACACACACCCCUGUCUCCUCUGUCGUGGACAUAGGCAGUGAUAAAGUCUCAAACAAAGAGACACCAGCCAGUGCAACCACUGUCCCAUCCACCAUCAAUGUUGAGCCGGGUCAUGUUCCUUCUGUGUCCAGCAUGAUGAAGAAGUUAUUGACCCCCUCAUCCAAAAUCUCUCUCAUAUCUAGUAUUAAACAGAUCCCAGGGGCGCUUGGAAAACAUAUGCCAUCCUGUAGCCAGCCAUCUAUUGAAUUGUUACCACCCAAGUCUUCAGUUCUUUUAACAUCUUCUGGGAUACUCAAGCCUCAGCCUGUUCCCUCUGGGCCAUGUACUUCCACACCAUCGACUGCCACUGCAUCUCUUCAGCUAUCUCCCAGUACAGGAUUAUUGUCACUGAAACUGUCAUCUUCCAAAGACUCUGACAGCAAGAAAGAGGAAGUCAAACAAACCCAAGGUAAUGAGACUAUGACUGUGGGGACAUCUGUUAGUACUAAAGUAGAUCCUGUUGCUGCAUCGUUGCAUUCAAUCCUGUCCAAGAUGACCAGUGGAUCUACUUCCUUGAUCACAUUGUCUGAGUCUAAGCCCACAGCUCCUCAGCCUCUAGUCCAUUUUACCACUUUGAACUCAAACUCUUCUCAAGGUACAACCUUUUCUGACAGUGCUGCUCGUGUUGUAUCUCUGGUUGUCAGCACGUCUACCGACAGUGUCAAUCAUGUGGUCUCACAAGCUGCCAACAACUCUACUGACAGUACCACAAAAAUUGUUUCAUUUUCUGCCAGAAAGUCAACUGACAGCCUGCCACAGGCUGUUUCACAGACUCCAAGCAUGCUAAUGAAUAGCCUGCCUCAGGUUGUUUCACAGGCUUCAAGCAAGCCAAAAGACAGCCUGCUGCAGGUUGUUUCACAGGCUCCAAGCAAGCCAACUGACAGCCUGCCUCAGGUUGUUUCACAGGCUUCAAGCAAGCCAAAUGUCAGCCUGCCUCAGGUUGUUUCACAGGCUCCAAACAAGUCAACUGACAGCGUGCCUCAUAUUGUCACACAGGCUACAAGCAAGCCAACUGGCAGCCUACCUCAGGUUGUUUCACAGGCUCCAAGCAAUUCAACUGAUAUUGUGCCUCAGGCUGUUUCUCAGGCUUCAAGCAAGUCAACUGACAGCGUGCCUCAUAUUGUCACACAGGCUACAAGCAAGCCAACUGACAGCCUACCUCAGGUUGUUUCACAGGCUCCAAGCAAGUCAACUGAUAUUGUGCCUCAGGCUGUUUCACAGGCUUCAAGCAAGUUAACUGACAGCAUGGCUCAGGUUGUUUCACAGGCUCUAAGCAAGUCAACGGAUAGUGUGUCUCAUGUUGUUUCACAGGCUCCCAAAAAAUCCACUAAUAAGUCCUCAGAUGGUACCCAUCAUGUUGUCACAGUGUCUUCCAGCAGAUCCUCAGACAGCCUUACUUCAACUGUCAAGUCACCUUCUAGACUAAUGGCACCAUCAUCAUCAACUCCAGCUCCUGUCCACACUAAAGCACCCAAGACAACAAUAAUGUCCUAUACAGCCACACCUAAAACAGUCUUGACCAACAUCAGCUCAACUAGAACCAGAAAAAUCAAAACUCCUAAGCAAUAUGAUUUGUAACAACAUUGUAUUGCUAUGAACUCUUUCCAUUGCCUGCCAUCUUAGUUUUAUAAACUGUUUAUUGUGCAUUUUAUAACUGUCCAACAGUAACAUUGGGAAUGUUGUUAGAACUUGUUUGUUUUUAUUUUCAACAACCAUAACAAGACAGAAGUAGUCUUCAUUCACAUUUUAAUAGUGCAUUUUACAAUACAUCCAGUCCAUAGAAAUGUGAACAGACACAAUAAUUAAAUAAUACCCUAAAAUUACACCAGACACAUUCAAAUUUACUGCCAUUAUAUAGCAUUUGUUGUUAAGAGUCAGAGGCUGUGCAGAAUCAGCUGUGUCCUAUUUAUUUUGUUACACUGACUUGUCUAAAGCAACUAUCCUGUACUAAAAACAGUUUCUGGUCUAAAGCAACUAUCCUGUACUAAAAACAGUAUUAAAAACACUUUACUUGUCUAAAGCAACUAUCAUGUACUAAAAACACUUUCUCUGGUCUAACCCAACUAUCCUGUACUAAAAACGCUUGACUUGUCUAAAGCAACUAUCCUGUACUAAAAACACUUUCUAGCUAAAGAUUUAACAAUGUACAGAGAACACAAUAACUAAUUCUAACUGAGCUACACUUGUGUCAGGGGAGGACACUCAAAUGACCAUACUGUAUGAUACUUUUGUUUGACAUUAUUUGGUGUUUCUUUGUUAUUAUAGUUUGCUUUUUCCUCUUCACCAUUCUCUCGUUGACUUGUUGAACUGGGUGCAAAUAAACAUUUCUGACGGAACUGAA